AUGGGACAGAAAGGUUCCAAGAACAAAAAAGACAAAAAAACAAAGAAAGACAAAAAAUCGAAGAACAAGAAAGACGACGAAAAUCGAAAAGCAACUGAUGAUUUGAACAAGUCGUACAACAAACCCGACGAUAGCGAAGAUGAGAAACUCAACGAGGAGUUCCGACGUUCCGGAGGCUCCGAAGGUGAGACUGGAUCGGACGAUGAUUCGGUCGGGAAAUUAACACGAGACAGCAAAUCGAAAUCUCAAAACGAUUUGUCGAGUCAAGAGGGCGAGAGCUUCGAAGGAGAUAGCAACCUCUCGACUGGCGAUCGAAGUGGCAACAAGGGAUCCAGAUCUGGCGACAAGUCUAAGGGAAGCAGUCGCUCGGCAAGUCGCGAUGGAUCUAAAAGUAGAUCAGGCGAGCGUUCGAGAGACCGAUCAAAAGACGGGUCACGUGAUGGCUCAAGAUCACGUGACGAUUCCAGAGACAGAUCUAAAGAAAGAUCGAAAGAUAAAUCGAAAGGCAAGUCAAAAGGAGGUGGCGGAAGUUCCGACGACGAUGGUCCCGAGGGGGAGCAGGAGGACGGAUACUCCGACAUUGACUCGAUGCUGAGGGGGGACUAUGAAGUUGACCUUGAGAAGCCUCCGACUGAGAGUGACAAGGUGUUCGAUGUCAGAGCAGAGGAUCUGGAUCGCGAUAAGAGUAGGUCAAGGGAGGGGUCUAAGAGUCUGAGGGCGCCGUCAAAUCGCAGUGGCAACAGCAGUGACACAAAAAGCAGAUACAAACAGAGGAUCCGAGUGAAACGACGGGUUAAGAAAGGGUUCUACAGCAAGCAGCGGAUACCCCCAAACCCAAACCAGAACUCAAAACCACUCCUGUUUGGAUCGAGAAGCCAACGGGGAAGCAGCCAGAAGAAAAUCGAAACUGGAAGUAUUGGCAAAAGCGGAAAAGGCGAAAAUCAAGCAAAAGAGCAGAAAAUUGACAAAGAUGCCAUGAUGGAUGAAAAUUGCGAGGCAGCUCCGACGAGCAAUGCAAGAUCCAAGAGCCCUGAUAUAGUGGUACAAGACGACCAAUCGACCCACCCGACGAAGCAGUAUGCGCCCGCAAAGCCGAGGAGCGAGCGAAGCAAUCGGAGUAAUCGUAGCAAUCGGAAAGUCAAGCGAAGGGCGCCUAGGAGUAAAACAUCGAAACGAACUUUAGAUGGCGGGGAGACCAAAGAGAAAAGUGGCAGUAGUAAAGGAAAAUCUUCAAGUAGUAGAAAAGAAGUGAACGAAAAACUGAAUGAAGAAAAGCUGGAGGAGAAAGAGACGGAAGACGAAGGAAACUCAAAUGACGUCACAGCAGAUUCCAAAGAAGACGUUGAACUUUGA